CAACACUGCCGGGUGUCAACUCGUAGGAAGAUCAUGUGACCAGGAGAAAUAGGAGUAUUGCAUUGUUUUAAUAUAAAUUUGACAUAAGUAGCUAUGAUAGCGAAGCGGAUCUGAGUGUAAUUUGAUGACAACGACAUUUUAAUGGUAUGAAUAAUAUAUUGUCUAACCAUGCCAUAUUUGUCGCCUAACAACACGGUGCGUGCGUAUAAUCAGUGAUCUUCAUAAUAAGGUAUCCCAGGGGACAGGGAAGUCUCGCGCAACCCCAGGGAUAGGUGACUUCGCCGCACAGAAUCGGCGUUAAAGGGUUAUUGAGUUGAGAACAAACUCCAGCAAUUAGAGCCGGAGAGACAGUGCCGGUUCUCCAGGAAAAAGGGACAUUAUUCCCGGAGAUUUGUGUUGUCUGUUCUGAAAGAAUUAGAGAUAUCAUCUCCGGAAGUUUGUGUUGAGAGAACACUGUCUGUUUUCAAGGUAUAACAGGCAUUAUCCAUGGACAUUUAUGUUGAGGAGACACAACUUGCUUUCCAGGAAUUAGAGUAAUUAUCCUCGAGUAUUUGUGUUGAAGAGACAGUGCUUGUUUUCCUGGAAUUAGAUUCAUUAUCCCCGUAAAUUUGUGUUGACAAGACAUUGUCUGAAAUUCUAGUGGAAUAAUCCCGGAUUUUUUGUCAACAAGGGAUUGCCGGUCCCUCUGAGUUAAAAGACAGUAUUCUCAGUAUCUCUUUUUACGAGAGAUCGCUUGCUGGGGAUCAGCAGCCUUACUCCCGUGACUGUGCCCGUCACCCCAGGGAUCAGCGACCCACCUCCCGGAUAUGAGUUGAUGGGGAUUUUCUGUUGUUUCCGUUCUAAGCAUCCUUGUUUUUAUCCUGCUGAUGACGUUGUGUAAAGAUGGGCAGUAACAUUUUGAGCCAUUUAAAGACGAUUCUCGGGAUACUCUCAGCAUUUCAGAUAGUGAUUACCACGCCAUGUGGGCAAUAUGAAGUGGGUCCAGCCGGCGGUCCUUGUGUUGAUAUGAGGUGGUGCCUGUAUAAGGUCAAUAACCAGCCCAUGAACUGGGCGGAUGCUAGACAAAUCUGUAUCCAGGAGGGCUACGACUUCCUGAAAAUAACAGAUGCUGGUGAACACUCCUAUCUAACAUCAUAUCUUGCAUCAUCUUUGAGCAGCGCCUAUCUAAAUCCAUUCGAUUCCACUCUCUGGGUUGGAAUGCAACAGGUUUCAGGUGAUCUUCCGCGUUGGCAUGACGACUGCUCCUCCCAGACUGCUGGGGGAUAUAGUCCUGCACCUUCCGUUCCCGGUAGCAACUGCUUUAUGCUUGAUCACCAAUCCGCGUCAUUUACAUACGACGCAUGUUCGAACUCUAAAAUGUUCAUAUGCAAGGCUAAGACUUAUGAUUUGAAUACAUGCUUCGAAUCCGUAGCGACGAUGUCUAAUGCGCAGUUCGAAAUGGGUUCAUAUGCAGGGAUGGCCGCAGCAACAUCUUGUGCCGAAAAAUGCUCAUUAAGUAAUCAUGUUGGAUAUCAUUUCGACCCUGUAGGUAGCAUUUGUCAAAUUGCAACGGCUAUGCUAGGCUCGCAUUAUAAAAAGGGUGCAGAAAGAUAUAUGAAAGAUAUAGUGUCCACUGCCGUCAAGGCUGUCAAUGAUCCCAACGCGGUGACAAAUGAGCCUUGUUCAUCAAGUGUACCUGUGGCCAUCACAACCACCGCUGCACCCGAGGCCACCACAUCAGCGGUCCCAGAGGCCACAACAUCAGCCGUCCCUGAGGCCACCACAUCAGCGGUCCCUGAGGCCACAACAUCAGCCGUCCCUCAGGCUACCACAUCAGCCGUCCCUCAGGCUACCACAUCAGAUGUUCUUGGAUUAUCUUCCUUUAGUGUGAUGCCAUCGAGCACAAUUGAAACAAGCAUGGCCGCCACGAAUGAGGAAACCUCUUCAACAGAGACACCACAGCUUAGCAAUACGCUAACGACUGUAGACUUAUCAACUACCUCCCUCAGUACAGAAUCUGUGACGAACCUAUACACGGGCACGCCUUCGAGUUCUUGCUAUCAUUGUUUCUGCAACAGCAACUUGAUGACGUCAUUGUCGCCAGAGCAACUUCAAUCUCAAAUAGAAACACUGAAAAGGGAACUGACUGUGGAGAAAAAGGAAUUGUCGUCAUGGAAACGGAAACUGAUUAGCAUUCCAGAUGAAAGAGUCUCGGCAAAGUCACUCGGUUACUUGGGCGCCGCGAUGCUGGCGGUUGUGUUUGGAGCUGUUGUACUUAUCGACCUUCCAAGGUUUAUGAACGGAUUGAAAAUAUUCUACCAUUCUGUGUGUAACCACAAAAAAAUUAGCACCAUCGAAUGAUCCAACAUGAAUAUCUAACAUUUAAUGAAUAAUUUGACCCUGGACGGGAGGCGAUGGGACCGAUACUGGUCCGUGCUCCCUUGCUUCGUACUUUGAGCAUACAGCUUUCAUCCGAAUAUUUGCUAUAGGAAUAUCAUAACAUCGAUAUACCAUUUCUUGCAUAUGAUAUUGUAUAAUUUCUUAAACAUCAGAUAUGGAAUUAGACCAAUUUGAAAAACCGAAACCUCCUUGACAUAUUUCAACGCUUGAUAUAUUUAUACUUAACGCGUAUUAGUUUAAUGGUAAACUUAGUUUUAACGUAAACUCUUUACGAGGAAUUUCUUUUAAUUAACAAGAAACUAAUCCUAAAAUAUAACACAGUAAAAUAUAUAAUAUAAUAUUUCCUAAUGAUACAAUUUCUAGACAGCCCUACUGUAUUACUUUUUAAGUGGAAGUUCUAACUUUCAGCGGAGGCAUUUCGGAGGCAAUUAUAUCGGUUGCACAUGUGAAUAAAAGGUCCCUGAAGACAUAAUUUGAGUAUGAGGGCGCCUGAAGACACAAUUUGAGUAUGAGGUCGCCUGAAGACACACUUUGAGUAUGAAGGCAUCUGAAGUCACAAUUUGAGUAUGAAGGCGCCUGAAGACACAAUUUGAGUAUGAAGGCGUCUGAAGACACAAAGCAAGACUAUGUGACCAAACUGGGCGUCGGGAUGCUGGAGGUUGCGUUCGGAGCUAUUGAACGUAUUGACCUUUCAAAGUUUCUGACGGUUGAUGUUGUUCUACCGUUCUGUUUGUGACCAUAAGAACAUCUAAAUACUACUUUGACCCAUGGACUGUGUUGUCUUGAUGAGUUUUCACACGGGGUACUGCCGAUUCCACGAUUGGCCGUAGGAUGGAAAGGGUAAUUGUCCCAAAGGGUUAAAGGCACACUACGGUUAUUGGCCUUCUUUCUUUAGCAAGGUGUCGUCGAUGGCUUAAACUUGAAUAAAGCUUCCAUGCCGAGACCGGCUUUAUUUUCAUCCUGGACCGCGAGCAUCAUCUCAGAUCGUAGUUAUAUAUAAACAUGCAGAAGAACGUAACGUGCCGUAACGACGGAACGGAUACAAUCUGUGCCAUUGUUUACCAUGAGGCAAAUGUAACGAAACGCACAAUGUUUGAAAAUUUGAAAAAAGAUCGUGAGAUGAUGGGGGUUACACUUUAUUUCAGUUCAAAAUCCGGAUUUUGCGUUCAUUCCAUUUUACGAUGGCCUGUUAAGCCUCUCAUCUGCAAAGUUAUUGCCGUGAUAAUUAAUAUGAUAAUUUAAUAACACGGCAUUUACGGAAUUUACAGCUUUUCAUGUUUUUUUUUCAUCCAGCCCCACGCGUUGUCACACGGACAUGCACCCCAUUUUGUUUACGGUGGCCUGAAACGGGACUGCCGUAAACGUAAUACAUGUAUAUUACAACAGAUGAUGACAUCCGUUAAAUUUAUAUCCUAUUCCGGAAGUUGUUCCUGAGAUCUUCAGGCUUUCGACAAGGAGAGCUCCUUGUAAUAUAUGCAUUCGUUCAAUGUGAGCAGUGCAAAUGAAACCUUAAAUCGUUCAUGCUUUAGCUGUCGUGUUUCAUUUAAUUAAUUAUAUUUUGAUAUCAUGUUAGCUGUUGGCUUAGUUCAAUAGAAAAUUGAAGCUAGCAUAGACAUAAGAUCGGAUGAAACCGAUAACGAUAACAGAGUAGGUUGAUACGUGAAAACGCAAAAAUGUGAAAAUAUUUAUAUUUGAUUCAUAACUGAAUACUCUUUGUAAUUAUGAUUAAUAAUGAAUUUCAUUUGUACUUGUAAAUGUUUAUAUGUUUGU